AUGCCAGAAAAUUUGUUAAAGGAAGAAAACAAAAAAGGAGAUAAAGAUCGAGAAAUAAUUCUUUUGGGAUUAUUAAAUUUAGAUUCUUUAUAUGGAGAAAAUUGGUUUGAAGAAAAAGAAAAAAUAAAAAAAGAUAUAGAAAAUAAAGCUGUUAAAUUAAAUCAAGCAUUUAAAUAUCCAUCCAUAUUUUAUGAACAUUUUGAAUUCUUAUCAUCUGAUGAAUAUAAUUAUGUAAAAAAUAAUUAUAUAUACAGUGCUAUACUUAUAUAUAACCCUAAUAUUUCUAAUAAACAUAAUAUUGAAAAAAAAAAAAACCAAGGAUCAAAAAUUAAAAUUUGUCAUAAUGGUGUGAUAGACUCAAAUCAAGGCAAAGAGCUUACAGGAACACAACAUACAAAUGAAAAAAGGAAUUAUGAGGACAGAGGUUAUCUAAAAAAUGAACCAGUAGAUCAUUCAAAAAAUGAAUCAGUAGAUCAUUCAAAAAAUGAAUCAGUAGAUCAUUCAAAAAAUGAAUCAGUAGAUCAUUCAAAAAAUGAAUCAGAAGAUCAUUCAAAAAAUGAACCAGUAGAUCAUUCAAAAAAUGAAUCAGAAGAUCAUUCAAAAAAUGAACCAGUAGAUCAUUCAAAAAAUGAACCAGUAGAUCAUUCAAAAAAUGAAUCAGUAGAUCAUUCAAAAAAUGAAUCAGUAGAUCAUUCAAAAAAUGAACCAGUAGAUCAUUCAAAAAAUGAACCAGUAGAUCAUUCAAAAAAUGAACCAGUAGAUCAUUCAAAAAAUAAUUCUAAAGAUUGUCUAAAUCAUGAUGAAAAACACCAUGCCGAUGGUAAUCACGAUAAAAAAAAAGAAGGCAUAGGAGUUCUUGUUAUAACAUGUAAAAAAAUGGAAAAAGUAAAAAUGAAACAUUUACUUAUAAAAAUGUUAAAAAAAGAAAUAAAAGUAGAAUCGGUUGUUCUUAAAUAUAAAGAAAAUAUACCACAUCUUCCUAAAUCGAAUAAUGAAAAUAAGCAAAAACAAACUGAAAUUAAAUAUCUUGAUAAAGAAGAAAAUAUCUCUUCUCCUUUUAUGUUAAACAAAAAUUUCGACGUCAAAAGAAAUAAUUUUUUCAACAUGACAGCUUAUAUAUAUGGCUCGUCGAACAUUCUGGCCAACACCAGCCUCGUACAGAGAGAAUACUGUGAUGAUGAGUGGGCAGAGAAAUUAAGAAAAACGAAAAAAGAAAAACAAGAAAAUAAUCAAAGUACUGAUGGUUUUUCCAAUAAUAUAUUAAUUAGGUCCUUCACCUCCUUGUUCAAAAAAUAA